UUUAGUUAGUCUUCGUGUCUAUGGAUGGCACUCGGGUCAAUUGUCCAUUGAAAUAGUCAGUUUAUCGUCCGUGAUUUUUCAGGUUAGGUUUGUUUUAAAUUUCGAUUCUUACAUCGUUUUGCAAUCGUUUGACAAUUAUGGCACGAUACUCCAGUGAUUCAGAUUCGGAUCAUAGCAGCAGAUACCGAAGAAAACGAAAUCGAAAGUCGAGAUCUAGCAGUUCUGACAGUAGCGAGUCUUCACCACAUCGAAGAAGAUCGUCGAAGCACUCAAAGACAAAGCGCAGACAUCGUUCGCACUCAAGGAGCAGAGGAAGAGAUCGAAACUCAAAGAGUCACAAAGGAUCCAGGAGCAGUCAUUCAAGAGAUCGAGAUAAAAAACGUUAUCGUUCCAAUACAGGCAGGUCAUAUUCUUCAGACCGUUCAAGAAGAAAAGCUAGAUCCACAUCCAGAGAAAAGUCACGAAGUCCAUCCAGUAGCUCGCAGUCGAAUCAACCAAAAGUCAAUACAGAGAAGAGCCAGACCUUAUCAGUAAAAGAAGACUUUCCUGUUGAAUUACGUUUCAAGGAUAGUGUACUUGAGGAGAUAAAUGCUGAAGGUUUUACUCCCAAGCAGUUUACUUCAUCUGCUAACAAAGAGAGUAAAUUUAAAAAUAUUGUAAUAGACAUUAGUUCGGAUACUAUACAAAUUCCAGUUCCUAAUGUUCCAAGUGGCCCAGAGAGUAUAUUUCACACAUCAAUUAUGAUGGAUCAAGAAGCAAGAUUCGAUAAAUGGGUGAAAAAACUCUAUACUCUUAGGCAAAAAGCCAUAGCUGACUUAGUACAUACAAAUGUUAUUUAAUGAUCUAAUGUUAUUAAAUAAUCUAUGACUAUACAUUAUUAUUUUUAUACUAAUACACAAUUAUGUAGAAAUAUAUUCUGCGUUUUCAAAAAAUUGAAAAUCGUUUGUAUAUUAAUCUUUUGAAAAAUUGAUAUAGAUUGAAAAUAAAGAUUUUUUUUGUGAAACAAA